CACUACUGCUGCUAUAGCUGCUACUUCCUCUACUGCUACUACUUUGUCUAUUUGCUUGUUGUUGCCUGCACGUGUCUGCUCUGCUCUACGCUACUGCUGCUAGUAGUCUGCUGCUGUCUACUGCUACAAGAGAGUAUAGAGAGCACAGCUAGAAGAGAGAGCAACAGAGGACAUCAUGCCAGUCCCAUUCGAGGCACUCCUCCCUUUCGGCAUCAUCAUCGGCAUGUACACAGCAGCAGGUGGUCUACUCGGCGCAACAAAGACCCUCUCCAACGAGGGCAAGGCACACAGAUACAACCUCGACGUCUGGGAGCGGCAGAUGAUGGAGCGCGAUCGGCGCCUCACAGGGACACUCAGAGGUCAGUCGGCGAGUCCAAAGGCAGACCCGGCGUUUGCUGUCAAUUCGCAGUGGAAGAUUGAGAAGCGUAUGUACUAGGAGAGUGAUGACAUUGAGUUUGCUGCUUA